AUGUCGUCAGAUUGGACAGAGACCCUGGUGCCAGUGGGGAAAAGGCGAUCAAGGAGCCAGAAGCCCAGAAAGCCAGAAAGCCAGAAAGCCAGAAUCGCCCAUGGUGUUUUCCUUGCCCGUCGCCCCGGGCCUCCGCAGGCUCAACCAAUCCAUGGGGGAUCCGCCGGAUCCGCCAUCGCAUCCCACACGAAGAACGUGUUCUGGGACGUCGUCAUCCCUCGUUUUACAAUGGGCGGAGGUGGAGGCCCUAACAACUUGGCGAAAUGCCGUGUCAGUCACCCGUUUGGGGGAGAGGAAAAUAUACGGGAGGAACAUCAUUUCUACGACAAGAAAGUACUCUGA